AUGGUUUCAACUAAAUUUAUACUCAUUGCUUCUUUUUACUUUGUUGGAUUACAAAUUAUUAAUGCUGGUGAUACAAUAGCAUGUACUGCUGCUGCUGAUUGUACUUCAACAAAUCAAAAAUGUAUUGCUGCUGAUGCUACACAUAACGCCUGUGUAGAAGUUUGUACGACUGAUGCUGAUUGUGGUGGAGUUCCUGGCUCUUGUACUGCAACUACAACUGGAGAUAUAGCUGGUACUACAGGAUUUAGUACUUGUCCUAUUAUAGCUCAAGGAUGUUUAACAGAUACUGAAUGUUCUACUUUAGAUGCAACAUUACCUAUUUGUAAUGUUUAUACACUUACCUGUAUGGCUGAUCCAACAGUAGUAGCUACUACUACUAUUGCUGCUACCACUACUACUACUAUUUCUACCACAACUACCCAAACUACAACAAAAGCAUCUGUAACCACUGCAGCUUGUGCUGACAAAGUUACUGGAGGAUCAAAUGAUUGUGUUUCAAUGGCAUCUUACUGUACAAAUAGUGUAUAUCUUAGUUUAAUGAAAGACAAAUGUCCUAAAACUUGUGGAUAUUGUUCAACAUCUUCAGGUUCUUCUGGAUCAGGUUCAACAUCUACUGGAUGUGUUGAUAAAGUUGUAAAUGGUUCCAAUGACUGUGCUUCAAUGGCUUCAUACUGUACAAAUACAAUUUAUAAAUCUUUAAUGAAAGAACAAUGUCCAAAAACUUGUGGUUAUUGUACUUCAACAUCAUCUAAUACAUCAUCUUCAUCAUCAUCAGGAAGUUCAAGUACAGGCACAUGCAAAGAUGCCUCUUCUGAUUGCUCUACCAAAAGUUAUUUGUGUAAAAAUACAAUUUAUAAAGAUUUAAUGAAAUCAAAUUGUGCUUCAACAUGUGGUUACUGUUAA